AUGGGCUGUCUCUGGUUUCGCAGGGAGGAGAAGUCGAACUUCGUCCGCCGCAUGACCACCACCUUCGGACUCGGCGCACCUAUUCAUGGAAGGCAUGUUAUGCGGGAGGUUAUUGUCGCGGCACUCGCAUUCAACGUCAAGGCACUCACCGGCGUCCAAAUUACUUCGAGCUUCCACGAGUGCUUCAAGAAGCACGUCAGGCACGUUUUCGACGACGAGGUCAAGAAAGGCAAGGGCCACACGCUGCUAUCACGCGAGAAGCUCGAGGCUUUCCUGAGAGAGACGCAAGGAGUCGAACCCAUAUUCCUAGGCCCUAAGGAGGAUAAAUCCCAAAAGUUUGACUAUUACAAGUUCGACGAAUUCUUCUGGCUAUGGAGCCAAAACGAGUCGGCCUGGCGGGCCGCUGGAGAGAAGCAGCAAAAGGAGGUUGAUCCCACACGGCCACUGAGCAAUUAUUUCAUCAGCAGCAGCCACAAUACUUACCUCGAAGGCAACCAGCUCUCUUCCAAGAGCUCGGCCGAGGCUUACCGUGCUGUCUUGAGGAACGGCUGUCGCUGCAUUGAAAUCGACGUCUGGAACGGAUCACCUCCCAGGACCUCGUCCAAGUCACCGGAUCCAGGACACAAACGACACUUCUCGUCCGGUUCCCUUCCACGUUUUGCCGGAGAGAGGCUUGAUGCGCUCGUUGGAUCCAGAAUAAGCCGAAACCACAGCCGCAGCCCGAGUGCCGUUCAGGGGCCUUUGCCACCAAUAGAUCCUCGAGAGAGCGGCACCACCCUCGACCCGAAGGACUUGGGCGACCGCCUCGAAAAGUCCAGAGACUCGUCACGGUCGAACCAGAGAGUCGAGCCGGUAGUGCACCACCACGGCACCAUGACCUCGACCGUGGGCUUCCGGGAGGUGUGCCAGGCCAUCCGAGAGAGCGCGUUUGAGAGGAACCCACUUCCCAUCAUCAUCAGCCUCGAGGUCGGUGCGGACCACGAACAGCAAGAGGUCAUGGUAGAUAUCAUGAAAGAAGAGUGGGAGGGCUUGUUAUUAGACAAGCAUUUCGAGUCCUGUGAUCCCUCUCACCGCCAACCGCGGUUAGAGGAGCUGUACAAUAAGAUUUUGAUCAAAGCGAAGCGUUUCGAUCCUACCCGGCUUGAGGGUGAUCUCGAGAGAGGACGGAGCAUCUCAAUCCCCACCAUCAACGGCAAACCGCCAAUCUCCAAGACCCUCGCAGACCUAGCAAUUUACACACACAGCGAGCAUUACCACGACGACAACUCUCUCAACAAAAUCCAGUCACCAGGUCACAUCUUUAGCCUGAGCGAGGACAAUUUCGAGGCCCUGACCGAAGACCCCUGCAAACUCCACAAGAUGCUCAAACACAACCGCGACUUCUUCAUGCGCAUCUACCCCAAGGGCCUCCGCGUCGACAGCAGCAACCCGGACCCGAGCUUCCACUGGCGCAGAGGGGUGCAGAUGGUGGCCAUGAACUGGCAGAAGAGCGAUGAGGGCAUGCUGAUCAACGACGCCAUGUUCGCCGGCACCAACGGCUGGGUCCUCAAGCCCCCCGCCCUGCUCAGCGACAACUCCCCUUCCGAAAUGUGCACCAUGGCCGACAUGCCCCGCAAGACCCUCGACCUGCAGAUCACCGUCCUGGCGGGCCAGUUCCUGCCCCUGCCCGGCGACCGCAAAAGCAGCGGGUUUGGCAUCAAGAGUGAUCGGAGCUUCAGGCCCAAGGUUAAAGUUGAGUUACACGUCGAGAAGGUCGAGAAGCCCCAGCGGGCGGUCGACCUCGCCCAGGAGACGGUCGCUGCCCGCACCGAACACCCGGACUGGGGGCGGGAGGCGAAGAGCCUCGAUUUCUUUGGUGUGCAAAACGUGGUCGAAGAGCUCAGCUUUGUGAGGUUUAAAGUCGCUGAUAGCUCGGGAAACUUUGGCAGCGAUGUUGUUGCCUGGUCUUGUAUCCGUCUAGAUCGCCUCCAGCAGGGGUAUCGGUGCGUUGAUCUUUACCAUCCGCUUAAACGCAGCCCUGUUGAGGGAAAGUUGUUUGUCAAGAUCAAUAAGGUCUUGAAGGACUGA